AUGGAGAAACUAAAGAAGAGUUUAGCAAUAGAAUUUGAAGUAAAAGAUCUGGGACAAAUGCAAUACUUCUUGGGAAUGGAAGUAGCAAGGUCACAUAAAGGUAUCAGUAUCUUACAAAGAAAAUAUGUACUUGAUCUUCUUAUAGAGACAGGAAUACUUGGAUGUAAGCCAAGUGAUACACCUAUCGAUGCAGAAAAAAGGAUCAAGAAUGCUGGGAAUUCUGUAGACAUAGACAGAUAUCAACGACUGGUAGGUAAAUUGAUCUACUUGUCAUACACUAGACCUGAUAUUGUAUUUGCAGUUAGUGUGGUAAGUCAACAUAUACAUGCUCCGAAGGUAGUUCACCUAGAAGAAGUCUACAAGAUACUCAGAUAUCUCAAGGGUUCCAUUAGAAGAGGACUAUAUUUCAAGAAAGGUGACAGAAAAGAAAUAGAAAUCUUCAUGGACACGGAUUGGGCAGAUUCAAUGGAGGAUCGAAAGUCAACUACAGGAUAUUGCACCUUUGAAUGGGGAAAUCUAGUAACAUAG